AGGCUGUUUCCAAACGGACGCAGCGUUGAGUGUUUGAGCAGCCAGGCGGCCAGUGUGUGCAUCCCAGGACGCAACAUCAGUGUAGCUGGGGCUCGACUUUCAGCUGAUCGCUUCACUUCGGACGCUUUGGGAAACUUACAACAAUGGGUUGCUUUGAGUGCUGCAUCAAAUGUUUAGGCGGGGUGCCGUAUGCGUCGCUGGUGGCUACAAUCCUCUGCUUCUCUGGCGUUGCCCUGUUCUGUGGAUGUGGCCAUGUGGCUCUCACUGGCACGGUGACCAUCUUGGAAACCCACUUCUCCAAGGUCACCAGUGAUCACGCCAUGCUGACUGAUGUAAUACAGCUGAUGCAGUAUGUCAUCUACGGCAUUGCUUCAUUUUUCUUCCUGUAUGGGAUCAUUCUGCUGGCUGAGGGCUUCUACACAACCAGUGCCGUAAAGGAACUGCACAGUGAGUUCAAGACCACCAUCUGUGGACGCUGCAUCAGUGGAAUGUUUGUGUUCCUCACAUACAUUCUGGGUGUGGCCUGGCUCGGUGUGUUUGGCUUUUCGGCCGUGCCAGUCUUCCUCUUCUACAACAUGUGGUCUACCUGUGCGGCCAUGAGGUCUCCCAUAGCCAACCUCACCAACAUUGACUCCAUCUGUGUGGAUGUUCGUCAGUACGGAAUUAUUCCAUGGAAUGCCACACCAGGCAAGGCCUGUGGAUCUACGCUAGGUGACAUCUGCAACACCAGUGAGUUCUACCUGUCUUAUCACCUGUACAUCGUAGCGUGUGCCGGGGCAGGAGCCACUGUGAUCGCUCUGAUCCACUUCCUCAUGAUUCUCUCAGCAAACUGGGCCUACCUUAAGGAUGCCAGUCAAAUGCAUGCCUACCAAGACAUCAAAAUGAAGGAAGAGCGGGAGCUGCAGGACAUCACCUCACGCUCAAAGGAAUGCCUCAAUUCCUACACAUAAGGAUAUUACACACUCACAAUCCACACACACAAAUGUAAAGACACAUAGACACUGCGGCCAACCACUGUGGCCCCUUUGGACCAUGACACUCAGCUAAAAUAACCUGCCAACUGCCGUGACACUGUGCAGUACUAACCAGGCUCCUAACAAACUAAUGCAUAAAUGUUGCUUUCUGCACUAACUCACCAAGAAGUGUUUUGAAACUGCUACUUCAAAUUUCAUUUCUAUUUUUAUUUUUAUGAAGGAAAAAAAAGGCAAUUUUGAAUUCUGAUAUUCAUGUAGUGUUUGAUUUUCUCUAGCCCUUUUUAUAGCCAGUUUUUUGCUGGCGAUGCUUGAGUCAUUGCACUAUUCUUAUAUAACGAAUAACGAUGCCUUGUUUGUUUUACGGUCUUGCUGUCUUUCUUUUGAGCUGUGGUGGCCAGUUUUCAACAAGAGAAUACAAUAUUUUGUUUGCUUUCUUUUCCAAUCAAAAAUGCAGACUAAUUAUACAUAACAUGAAAGGCCUUACAUUCAGAGUUAGCGUGACACUUCUAGAUAGCAUGUCAGAAUCCAAUUAUAAUGACACAAGAUAAUAAUACUGACACAAGACCGGCAUGUCACAAGAUGUUUUUUCUUUGACUUCACAGCAAGGAGAAUGGGUCAAAUCUAUAAUGUGGACCCAGUAGUUCUGUUGUAUUCGGGGGUAUUUCACUGCAUCUUAAUCCCAGUGUUAAUCAUUUGGUUCUAGAUUUCAUUGUACAGCUACGCAAAAAGUCACGCAGAACAUUCAUGGCCUAUAAUAACACUACCUCAGGUGUGCACUAGAGCCUAUAGAACAAUUAUCUGGAAGAAACACUUCUCCUUUGCAAAACUAUGGUUUGAUCCUAUUAUAAUCACACACACCGGGAGCUUCUCUACGUGACAUUAUCAUAGGGUUUAAUCUUUAUGGAUAAUGCCAUAAGAAUAACUAGCUUGCUAAAUGUGAACUGUUGCCAAUAAUUAGACAAAAGGAUAGUCAAUGUAUUCAAUAUCUUUAAAAGUGUGGUCCACGUGUAUUCAGUUAUGCAAAUGACAAAAAACAGAGAGAGCGCUCUCUGAUCCAUCAUAAAUGCUUUUUUAGCUCAUUGUCUAUUGUAAUAUCUCAUAUUGUAAAAUAUGAUAAAAAAAUACUUGAUUUUGAAAAACCUUAUAAACAAGUGUAUGUCCCAUGUGCAUUCGUACUAUGGAAAAAUCUACAGAACUUAAGGUGUGAAAAAUGUAAACUUGUUAAGUCAGGAUUUUUAGCUUAUUUUUCAAGAUAAAACCACUUCAUUUGUGUUCUUAAUUUUCUAUUAUUGCACCAGUUUUUGAUGUGCAAUUGUCAUAAUGCUGACAUAAUUACUCAUGUAAUCUUGUAUUUCUAUUAGUUUAGUUACAGAGAUAAGUUUCUUUGUUGCAUGAAGACAACUGUUUCUGCAGUGACACGUGAUGUACAGUCAUGUAUACUGACAUCAGUAGUAGGCAGUGUUUGCCUGUCUCCUUUUUUUCUAAUUAAAUACAAAUUAAUCCAUUUUUUUGUAGCUGAUUACUUAUGUUUUUUUAGGUUCUUUUCUUUAAAGUCAAAAGUAUAAAUGUUUUAUAUUAUUUUGUUGCCUGAUAGUAUACUUGUAUUGUCUAUGAAUGUCAAGGGCUUCCUCGUGAAUAUCUGAUGCUUAACAUUUAAAUAAACUUUCAAAUAACUAGAUGCAACACCAGUCAUUUAAAAAAAAAAAAAAUUGUAUGGCUUUCUAAAUGCUAAAGUUAGCCAAAGUAUGAAUGCCAUUGUGACUGUCCGCCCAGUGUUUUACACAGAAUCUGUGAGAUAUUGUAAUACACAACCUGCAUAGUUCUCUGCAGGAGUAAUAGCUACAGGUGCACAAUCCUAGACAUAUAUACAUAUGUCUAUGUGUACAAUGGCCAAGGAGAAAGAUGACAGAUGUACAUAAUGCCAAUGUACUGUACAUCUCACCUUAAUAUGCAGAGUUUCCUGUUGAAUGAACCAAAAACUAAAGAGUAAAGGCUAUCUAUCAAUCACCAGGACGACAACAAUCCAGCAUCCUGUCUGACUGGAAAUCCCUUUAUGACAUUACUCAACUGGCCUGUUGACUGUUUUUAUGAAAAUAAAAAAACAACAAAAUAAAACAAA